AUGAGAAUCCUUAGUAAAACAGCACUUUUACUUAUCUCCCUAUUAUCACUUUCCACUCUAGUUAUGAGUGAAUUUGCUGGAACAGCAGCAGGUGUUGGUAUCGGAGUUGUAGAUCAAGUCAAGAAGAUCGGCAUGCCCAUCAUUCAACAGAAAUUGAACGAUGUACAGGUAGGCACCAUUGAGUUCAGUGGAGGAAGCGUCCAGGACCUUGACCUUAAAUUUAAGUUUAACAAUUUUGACAACAUCAAAGUUGGCUUCUCUGGAGCUAACAACGGAGUAAGCGUCGAUGCUCAUGAUAUCUCAGGAGAGAUUACUGGCAAGUUUGCAUACAAGUUCCUAUUCAUUCACACCAGUGGCAACUUCAAGGUCGCUAUGGACAAUGAUGCUGUCAAGCUAACUAUGGCUGUGCCCCUCACCAGCCAAAACAUUAAUGGCAGAAGUGUCCCAGCCGUUGAUAUCAAGAACUUCAACUUGAAUAUUGACAGUUCCAAAAUACACAUAACUCUUAGUGGCAGCAUUCUUGCAGAUAUCGCUGAUGCCUUCGUGUUCAUAUUCAAGAGACUGAUCAUCUACGAAAUCACUAAGGUUGUCAACAAAGAUGUCCCAGAUGUAGCUAAAUCGUCAAUCAAUAAGAUUCUUGCAAGCACUAAUGGCCGCGAGACUGUUUAUGGAAACAUCAUGCUUGACUUCACAUUCCCCGCUUAGCCAAAGAUCACUGAUUCCAAUAUGGAUCUUUUCUUGAAUGCCACUCUUUACGACUCCUCAAGAGGCUCCUACUACAUCCCAGCUGUUGCAGUUGCUGAUGUCUAAAUGCUACCUGCCACAUCUAACUCAGUUGAACUCUCAGUGUCACACUACACUGCAGACUCCUUAUUCGCUGCACUCUAGGAAAUGAAUCUCUUCAAGUAUCACCUCGACCCAGCAAUCGCAGGUAAAUUUGCAUCCAUGCUGACUACUACCUUCCUUGACGGCCUUCUUCCAGGUAUUGAAGCUAAGUAUGGAAAAGAUCUCCCAGUUUCAGUUGGCUUUAAAUCCACUUCAUCUCCCAACGCUCUCUUCUAAAAGAAUGAUUUUGGAGUUUUGCUAGACCUUGAUCUCACUUUCGAAGUGAACAAUGAGACUGCUAUUGUCAUCUCAUUUGAAGAUUUCUCAUCAACUAUCAAUGUUUCUCUCGAUAAGACUAACUUGAAGAUCUAAGUUGAAAAGUGUGCUAUAGACCAAGUCUAAGCUUCACAAUCUAAGAUUGGUGACUUCAAUGUCAGCGAGUUCAAGGCAUUCUUCAAUGUGGCCAGUAGAGCUGCCAUCCCAUUCAUAAACAAUAUGCUUCUUGAGAAUCCAUUUGUACUCCCAGACACCUUCCUUGGAGUUGUCAAGAUUAUUGAUGCACAGUUCCAAUCAUUCGACAACUACCUUGCUGUCAGUGUUACUCCUCAAAUCAUUGCUUGA